GAUGCAAUGAACAGGAAAGCAGUUGCUUUCCUAGGGAAAAUCCAGUCCUAUCUAUCUGCCAAGACUGCUACUGGAGGAAACUUUUUAAGAGUUGAGAAUGAGGCCAGUGAAACAGAAACAGCCUAUUUCUCAUACUUAGCUAGCUAGCAAAAAGUUCAGCAGGAAGUAGAAGGGUUUGUUGUUGCUUUUGGUGAACUGAAGUUUACACAGACCAGCAUGUUUCAGUACUGUUUCUCGUCAAAGACAUCAUUCCAUAAAAAAUUGCCACAGCAUCAUCCUGGGGCUCAGGAAGUGGGCAGUACUAUGCUAUUUUUUUCAAAGCAAUAACACCAAAAAGCAAACAGAGGUGAGGCAUUAAAUAAUGUAGCUCAGGAGUGGCAGAUGAUUAAACUGUGAAUGCUAUGAUAUGGGAAUGAGUAAGGAAACAGACUUACAUAAGUAUUUAGUUAAUGAUUGAUCUUCAGUUUCUGCUUUCUUAUCUACAAGAGAGUGAAAAGGUUCUGGAAACUAAUAAAACAAAGAAUGAAUGCUCCAUCAGAGACAUAACUUGGGGGCAUUACUAUUUCUUUCCCUGUUGGAUACUAUGGAAUGCCUAUGGUGCAUAGCUACUAUCCAUGUGGACUGGGUAUGAUGGGUGCUGCAUUCUGACAGAUCUGGAGGACACUAAACUGGGGACACUGCAUUAAGAGAUGAAACCUCAGAAGUGAAAACAGGAUGUCAAAUUACUGGAAGGAGAUAGAGGGUAAAGUAUACAUUUUUAUACUAUUCCUUCACAUAUAUCAAUGUUACUAUUACCAGUGUGAUGACAAAUGUGUGAAAGGUCUUGACUGAGGGGACUUUCAUAUGGAAAGCACCCAAUAUGAUUCAGGUGUAUGUAUGUGUAGGUUAGUGAUGAGGCAUAGGGCAUGCUCAAAGGUAUCCCAUCUGAUUAAUGGCCUCCAUCUGUCGCAAUAAAGUGUGAACAUACUGGUUGAUUUCUGUUUGCUUGGUUGCUUGUUUUUAAAGGCUUUCCUUCUUGUGAUGCAGCCAGCAAAGCCUGAGGGUUUCCAGGGAAGACCUGCGAAAUAUUUGUAUUGGAGGCAAAAGGGCUUCCUCACUACAGGUGCUUAUUUUCCAUGAACACUUUUGAAAACCGUAGCUUCAUUUAAUCGUCCCAAUUUUCCUGGGAACAGCAGCAGCCCAAAUGGAAAUUACUUGCCUUCUGCUCAGUAUCGCCAGAAACACAGCCAGGGCUCAAAAUGGAAAGGAAGCCAGUUUUUCCUGUUGACUUAUCUUGUGCUGAAAAGUCCUGUACCACACAUUCGAAGCAAUGAACGGCCGCGUUCCUGGGCGAAAUCCAGAGUAUAUUGAGUGCAACGUAAUUGUAGGGGAGGAAAGAGAAGAAGAAAGUGAGCCUAAUUUAAAUGAGCACCUCUACCAGGAAGUCCCGGGAGUUAAUCAGAGAACAGUCAAGUUGAAAUGUUCUCAGAUUGUUUUUUGGAAGUGCAAACUAUGGAUGGUUUUAGCUGCUUUCGUGUUGAUACUUGCGACUGGACUAUGUUUAAUUCUUUAUUCAGUCAUAUACACAGAUGAAGAUGAAUAUUGGGAUGCUGAAGCAAUAGCUAAUGGAAAUCAUCACAAUUUCUCAGGAACAUUAAAAGUCCAUUGUGCUAAUAAUCCUGAUCUGUCACUUUCAGCAUCAGCAUAUAAACUGCUUUCUGAAAGUCUGAAUUCAAGGCUUACAGAUGUGUACACUUACUCACCAGCUCUUGGGAGAUAUUUUAUCUCUGCUGACAUUAUUUCAUUAAGUGAUAAUGACAGUACAGUGUCCUACGAGUUAUGCUUCUCAGUGCCACCUGAAACUGAAGAGUUCAUGAAAUACAGAAUGAGUAAAGAGUUUUUGAUUAACGUUUUAAGACAAAAUAUUUAUGAUCAGGAUGACAUGGAUGGCCUGGAUAUACCUGGAUGUACAAAUAUGACGCUUGAUCCAACUUCUCUUUCACUAACAUAACAUGCUUUAGGGAUAUACAGGUUAUUGAUACAGAAGAGCAAAUUGAAGUAGGCUGCUGGAUCUCCAGAAUGACCUUUGUGGAAUGUUCAGAUAUUGAGUAUAUGAGGUUUUUUUUAAAGAGCUUAGUUCUGCAAAUAAUUUCCAGUAUGAUCUUCAUUCUUCUACUGCAAGGAACAGCUGCAGGAAAAUGCAGCCGCAUCAACCAAAGGAUAAAUGCGAAGGAACUCAAUCUAGCAACAUUCCAAAUAUCCAACAACAACCAGUGCCACUUAUUGCAACAUAUGAAAGUUAUUAAAAGGACUUCAGAAAGGAAAGGACUUUAUUUGAGGCUGUGAAAACAAUACUGAAAGCCAUUCUGUAUACACUUUAAUUCCCAUUCAGUUUCUUGGCAUGCCACUAUGUUGUACAAAGAAAUGAAAGUAUACUUGUUGCAAAAUAAAGUGACCAUGCAGAAACA